UUUUAUUUUGAGAUUUUGAUUUCAUUUUACGAUAUGACUGUCACCAGCGCAUUAUAGCGUACGCCCCUCAUCAAAAAGCCCAGCCACAGAGCUUCAUUUUAUUCUUACAAACUAUUAUUCAUUCAGACCAAAAUUAAAAAGAAGAUAGAGAGAGAGAGAUAGAGAGAGAGAGAGAGAGGGCUUCAUCAUCAAACGAUCUCCCUCAUUUCCUAUGGAUCUACUCACAUCUUGAUUCUUCCUCCAAUUUUUCCGAUCUCAAAUUUAUUGGGUUUCCCCGGGUUGAGUCUUUGAUCUGAUCUAGACUUGAAGAGUGACAGAAGAAGAAUCAUUUUUUUCACAAAUUCUUCUGUGUUUUUUUUUGUAUCACGGAAUGGCCUCGGUGGGCAUAGAGCCAAGUGCCGCGGUUAGAGAUUCUACCGGAAACGCUACUGAUGUUGAUAGAUUACCUGAGGAGAUGAAUGACAUGAAAAUUCAAGAUGAUAAAGAAAUGGAAGCUACAAUUGUAAACGGCAACGUGACGGAGACUGGACAUAUAAUAGUAACUACUAUAGGCGGAAGAAACGGCCAACCAAAACAGACAAUCAGUUACAUGGCAGAGCGAGUUGUUGGACAUGGCUCCUUUGGUGUUGUGUUCCAAGCGAAAUGUUUAGAAACAGGAGAAACAGUUGCGAUAAAGAAAGUUUUGCAAGAUCGGAGGUACAAGAACCGUGAGCUUCAAACAAUGAGGCUGCUUGACCAUCCAAAUGUGGUGUCUUUGAAACAUUGCUUCUUCUCAACAACCGAAAAAGACGAGCUUUACCUCAACUUGGUUCUUGAAUACGUUCCAGAGACAGUACACCGCGUUAUCAAACACUACAACAAACUUAACCAACGAAUGCCUCUCGUUUACGUCAAACUUUACACUUAUCAGAUUUUUAGGUCCUUAUCCUACAUUCACCGUUGUAUCGGCGUGUGCCAUCGCGACAUAAAACCUCAAAACUUGUUGGUAAAUCCACACACUCAUCAAGUGAAGCUAUGCGAUUUUGGAAGUGCGAAAGUAUUGGUGAAAGGAGAGCCAAACAUUUCGUACAUUUGUUCGAGGUAUUACAGAGCACCCGAGCUUAUUUUUGGAGCAACCGAGUAUACUACAGCCAUUGAUGUCUGGUCUGCAGGGUGUGUUCUCGCCGAGCUUCUUCUUGGGCAGCCAUUGUUCCCUGGUGAGAGCGGAGUUGAUCAACUUGUAGAGAUUAUAAAGGUUUUAGGAACACCAACAAGGGAAGAAAUCAAAUGCAUGAACCCCAACUACACAGAGUUCAAAUUUCCUCAGAUUAAAGCUCAUCCAUGGCAUAAGAUUUUCCACAAGCGAAUGCCUCCAGAAGCUGUCGAUCUAGUCUCAAGGCUUCUUCAGUACUCUCCAAAUCUCCGUUGCGCUGCUCUGGAUUCAUUGGUCCACCCGUUCUUUGACGAGCUUAGAGAUCCGAAUGCGCGAUUACCCAAUGGACGUUUCCUUCCACCGCUCUUCAACUUUAAGCCUCAUGGUACUUAA